UCUUCAACUCUUUCUCUCUCUCACCAUGGAAAUAAUUAAAUUAUUGUUUCUAACGAAAAUAAAAUUAAUAAUUAUUUUUAAUUAAUUAAAAAAAAAACGCGGCUGCUGUAUUUUCACCAAAAACAGAGACACGGUGAGAGAGCAAGAGAGAGAAAAAGAAAAAAGAACGACAGAGACAACAAACUCUGUUCUGUUGUUGAUUCGAUCCUAGCUACAAUUUACAAACAAUAACAUUCAAACUUUCACAAAACCAAACACGUUCUGUUCUUUUGUUUUUCUUUUUCGAUUCACGGAGUUUUUUUUUUUAAAAUAUUAUUUUUUUUGGUUGAAUUUGAGGUUGUGAUUUGUAUAGGAUUGUCUAGAUUAUUGUUUUGAUUGGAAAUUAUUGGUGGAAUUUUGUUUGUGAAGAAUGGAUCCAAGGGGGAGUUGGAUUUGGAAGAAGGGUUCUCAUUGUGAAGGUUUAAGUUGGAGGGUUUGAUUUUUUUUUUUUUUUGUGUUUUUUGUUUGGUGAAUUUUGGUUUUAAUGAUUUCUGCUGGAGAUAGGGAUGAAAUAAAGGGAUUAGGGUUAGGGUUAGGGUUAGGGUUGGGUAGAAGGAGAGAGAUGGUGGAGUCUGAGCUUGAAGAAGGUGAAGCUUAUUCAUAUCAGAACCGUGAAGAUUAUGACGCCACUGUUGAUCCUGAUGUUGCCCUCUCUUACAUUGAUGACAAAAUUCAAGAUGUCCUUGGACACUUUCAGAAAGAUUUUGAAGGCGGGGUGUCCGCAGAGAAUCUGGGGGCGAAAUUUGGUGGUUAUGGAUCGUUUUUGCCUACCUAUCAGCGCUCUCCUGCUUGGACUCAUCCAAGAACUCCACAUAAAAAUCAUACUCAAAAUUCGCCUAGAUCUCCGAAUAACUUCAAUUCAGAGAUUGGACAAGGGGAUGCUGUACAAUGUUCAGCUGGAGCUCAAUUAUCAAGACUUGGACCUGGUUCUGCUACUUCCUCGAGGCUGUCUGCAAUAAAGGGACUCUCUUUAGAUGAUGGAACCAAUCACGAAAAAUGUCCGGCAAUAACUAAUGCCGAGGCAUUAAAUUCUAAGUACGAUUCUCUAAACACGAAAGCCGGCAGCAUAUCAGACCAGAAACCACUGAAAGUUCGAAUCAAAAAUGCUGCUAUAUACAGUGGACUUGGUCUUGAUGUGUCACCGUCUCCAUCACCGGAUGACAGCCCCUCAGAAAGUGAAGGAAUUUCUCGUGGUCAUCUAGACGAUCCCUUUGAAUUUCCUACCAGUAUCAUUAAGAUUAUGACAACCCUCCCUAAGCUGUUGUCGCCCCUUCCUGAUGAUCUCAUUGAAUUAAUUGAGAAGGAAAUGCGUACUAGAGACAGCAUCCCCGGUCUUGUUCAUAUUGAUGACAAAGAAAGUUCCGGCAUGUUACCAAAUGAAUCUAAUGCUGUAAAAGGUGACAGAAAAUUGUUCGGAGGGAAAAGAGUGAAGUCCCUACAGGGUUAUGAGUCCUCGAUGGAAGUCAAGGGUUUCAAUAAGAAGAACACUCGUAAUGAUGUUGGAGGGUCGUCAAGGAAAGAACAAAAUGCAGAUGCAUUGAAUAUGGAGGAACUGGUCUCAAAAACCAUGAAAAAUCCACUUUUGUCCAAUUCAUAUCCUUUCUGCGAUGAUCCGGUAAAGGACGCAGAUGGGCCAUGUAAUUCGUUGAAGGAAGCCAAGGGUGCGGUGAAGGAGAAAACUUUGUCGGACCAAGCACAAAAGGAACAGGUGGAUCACGCAUCUGCGGAAGUGAAUGGUUUUUCUGAGAGGGCAAAAGGAGGUUCUGGAAGGAAAGUUGUGGGUGAUAAGGUUUUGCUUGAUGACACAAUAAAAGCUGAAUCUAAUGUUUCCAAAGUUAGGACAACAUCAAACACUGAAUGUGUAGAACAACCUCCUAAGACGGUUAAUCAGAGAGGUAGCCUGGGCGAACAAGACAGUACGGCAUUGCCUUUCUUGACGGAACAUCCUUAUCCCGGGGGAAAGAAGAAGUCAAAGGGAAUGCAUGACACCAUGGUUAUAGAGAGGGAAAAAGAAAACCUGAAGGUUGGAUCCUCUUUGAUUCCCAAACCAAAAAGGAGUUCUGAUGAUAGUUAUACAUCAAAAAAUGGAAUUGAAGAUGUCAAAGUCAAAGUACAAACAUCAAAAAAUGGAAUUGAAGAUGUCAAAGUACAAAAGAGUUCUGAAAAGGCUAGGGAUGCUUAUAGAGAUUUCUUUGGAGAAUUGGAAGAAGAUGAAGACAAAUUUGAUUCACUGGAAACCCCUUAUGAAGAUAAACCGAAGGAAUCUGAGGCAGCUGUGAGGAGUGUGGCUGAAACAAAUCUUGGAGCAAAGGAGAGAUCAGGUGGUAAGAAAAUUGAUAAGCCAUUGGCAGCAGAAGUAAACGCUAAAACAGCCACAAAUGGCUGGUGCACUGGAAGUGCGCCUAGUACUGUUGUGGGAAAUGGAAAUGGGGUUCCUGCGAUGUUGCCUCCUGUUGAGAUGGAAGAUAAUUGGGUACAGUGUGACAGGUGUCAUAAAUGGCGUCUUCUUCCUGCUGGCAAAAAUCCUGAAAGCCUACCUGAAAAGUGGCUGUGUAGCAUGCUUAAUUGGCUGCCUGACAUGAAUCGAUGUAGUUUUAGUGAGGAUGAAACCACUAAAGCCCUUUUUUCUCUAUACCAAGGGCAUUCUCUUGAUGCUCAAAACAACCUGCAAAAUGUCUCGGGAAGUAUUCUGGUAUCAGGAACUGGGGCAACUUUGCAGCAUCCUGGUCAACGCCAGCUAAAUAAUGAUAUGCAUGCUGCGCCUGGUGGGAAGAAAAAAGUUGUGAAAGAAAUUUCAAAUUCUUCAAAUAAAGAAGGCGUUUCUCAAUAUUCUCAUUCUAUAAAGAAAAACCCUCAGUCAUCAGUGAAAAGUCGGAGCUUAAAUGACGUGAACAAAUCUCCUGUUGUGAGUGAGGCUGAUGCUCCAGGGGAGAAACACAAAAAUAAGCCGAGGAUGCCGGAGUACAAUUCUGAUAGAGGUGAUGUGAAGAAUAUGAAAAGCAGGAGGGAUCCUGAUGAAGAUGGUUCGAGGCCAUCCAAGAAAAGUAAGACUGACUUGGUUCAAUCUGCUGAUAAAGAGUGGAUUCCAGAACAGAAUGGAACCUCUAGGAAGGUCAAUCAUAGCUCAAACAACACUUUGCCAACUACUUCAGCUGGCAAAGAUCGAUCUAGACAGAGAGAACGCUCCUCUUCGAGUGACUCCAAAUUCGGAAAGGACAGGCCGCCGGUUUCUGCUGAAAAGAGAAAAGACAAGGGUCGGGAUUCCUUGGAUGAGGGGUCCCUAGAUUUGGGGAAUUAUGGUUCUAAUGGUAGUGUAAAAAAGAGGAAAUUGAAGGACUAUCAGGAUGCUCAAACUCGUAGCACAGGUAAUCCUUUCCCACACGAGAGUAGAACUUCUGAGCAGGAGUUCAGUGACUCCAGGAAGGAAAAGAAAGCAAGAAAUUCAAGAUCUGAAGGCAAAGAAUCAAGUGCUAGUAAAGGCAGUGGCAGGACUGACAAAAAAGUUGGUCAUACAAAGAACCAUAGUUCCAAGCAAAAUCCUGGGAGCAAUCAUUCACAUCGGAGCAUGGAUGGCAUGGAAAGUUCGAAAAGGGACUCGGGGUCCGUACAGGUUUCUGUUGCGGCCACAUCCAGCUCUUCUAAGGUCUCUGGCUCACAUAAAACCAAAGCCAGCUUCCAGGAAAUGAAGGGCUCCCCUGUGGAAUCAGUUUCCUCCUCGCCUUUAAGAAUUUUAAGUACAGAUAAGUUUUCAAACAGAGAAGUUAUGGGGAAAGAUGUGCCUCGUGAUAUUGCUGCUGUGGAUAGUCCGAAAAGAUGCUUAGACGGGGAAGAUGAUGGUGCAAGUGAUCGUUCGGAAACAGCUAGGAAGGAAAAAUCUUUCUCCAUGGCCCACAGGUCAGUUUUUCAGGGCAAGGGUGUUAAUCACAUAUCAGAUACUAAGCCUAAAGCGCAAACAACCAGCCAUUAUACCAAUGGUAGUGCUGAAAUUAUGGCCCCGAAUGGGACAUAUCCAGGUGCAGAGCAGAUUAAGGAUCAGGGCGAAGACAGGACUGGUGUUCAUUAUGCUAACGCUAGUGUGUCUCACGCAAGGAAAACUGGCAUGGAAUCAGAUUUGGAGGAAAACAAGCAGGGCUGUAAGUCAGAGCCCCCUGAAGUAAAAGUCAAGAGCUCUAGUUCUCCUAGUCAACUGCCAGAUCAGUCUCCUCUUUGUGAGACAAAGCGUAGGGAUGGAAAAGUUAAGUUGCAGGAUAAGUUCGGGCUCAAGCCUGACCAGAAUGAGAAUAUUCAUGCUAGCAAAAAAGACUUAACAGGAAAAAAUGAAAGUAGGAAAAAAGAGAAUCACGGAAAGAGGGAGCGUGAUUCUCAAGAGGUUCGUGUUGAAGCCCUAAGCAAAUGGGAACCAUUACAUGCACCCAGUAAGAAUCAGUUGGCAGACUGUGAUGCCGAAAGAUCUUCAAAGAGGUCUCUUUUGGAAAGACCGGAUCAAGAAGUGCUUGGAAAAGGGAAGUCUCAAGUUGAGAUUUUGAGUCACUGCCCACGACCAGUCGCUGGUUCCCAUAGAGUGAAUGGAGAUAUGGAAGUUGAUCCGUCCAAAGCUGAUGAUGCGUCAAAGCUGCAAAAAAAGCAAUUAAAAAAGGCUGAUCAUCAAAAUGGAACUCAGCAAAUUGGUUCCAAAAACCAUGCAGUUAAUGGACACAGAUCCAAGGAGCUCGAUGCCCCUAGUCCACUUAGAAAGGAUUCUUACACACAUGCUGCUAACAAUGCUGUUAGAGAAGCUAAAGAUCUUAAGCACCUGGCUGAUCGUCUCAAGAAUUCUGGAUCCGCUCAUGAGAGCACAAAUCUGUACUUCCAGGCAGCCCUUAAGUUUCUUCAUGGAGCCUCUCUAUUAGAAUCUGGUAACAAUGAUAAUGCAAAACAUAGUGAGAUGAUUCAAUCAAAGCAGAUGUACAGUAGCACAGCAAAAUUGUGCGAGUUUUGUGCCCAUGAAUAUGAGAAAUCAAAAGACAUGGCUUCAGCUGCUCUGGCCUACAAAUGCACGGAGGUGGCAUAUAUGAGGGUAAUAUAUUCUUCGCACACUAGUGCAAGCAGAGAUCGGUAUGAGUUGCAGACUGCCCUGCAAAUGACUCCUCUUGGUGAAUCUCCAUCAUCAUCAGCCUCUGACGUUGACAAUGUUAACAACUCUACAGCAGCUGACAAAGUUGCCCUAUCCAAGAGUGUCAAUUCACCUCAUGUUGCUGGAAACCAUGUUAUUGCUGCACGAAGUCGUCCCAAUUUUGUGAGGAUACUUGGUUAUGCUCAGGAUGUGAAUUUUGCCAUGGAAGCCUCAAGGAAAUCACGGAAUGCUUUUGCAGCUGCUGAUGCAAGCAUGGGUGUGGGUAAGAAUGCCGAUGGUAUUUCUUCUAUCAAGAAGGCUCUUGAUUUUAGCUUUCAAGAUGUGGAGGGGUUACUACGUCUGGUACGGCUUGCUGUGGAGGUCAUUCAUCGUUAAAAGGUCCAAUUAGUCACGAAAUGAUUCUAGCCCAUUAAGAACACUUGUUUCUUUCUUCGUCGUGUAUAAAACCUUUAACGACAAAAGGAUCUCGAUUCAAUUACGAAGGGCAGGGUUUAUAGUGUUGGAUCUUUAACCAGUCUGGCCAACUGAUGAAGCUAUAUGCUUUGAAAUCUUUGGCAAACGUGAGAUCGUGUGGAGGCGUUCAUAACUCAGCUUCUGUAAAGCAGAUUCUGAGCAACUCUGAUAUGUGAAAUGAUGCUACAUCAGGAUUGUAAAUUGAAGAUAUGAUAGGUGGAUAUGGAUAUAGAUUUAGAAGUUUCGGAAAUUAGUUACCAUCUUUUGUUCUUCUUAUUCUGGAGCGGUCAUUAUUUUGUCGAUUUGUAAAUGUGUAGACGUUGUAACUUCUGGUUAGGUCGUUGUAAUCUUGCCUCUACCAGUGGGAUCCGCACUUUCUCCUCUUGGUGAGUCGAGGAGAGUAAGACUAAGGUCUUGUACAAUUUUGGGAUUAGUGGUAGAACUCUAUUUUUCAUUUUCUUGUGGAUAAACAACAAUCAGAAAACAAUAAAAGAGGUUGUACAUCAAAAUUUGUUUUUAAAGUAGAAGGUGAUUGCAUUGCACCCUUUUUUUCCCGAAGGAGCGCGGUCAUUGUGUAAAUAAACUUAGUAGAAUCAAGUGCCAUAUGCAGCUGACAGGUUGUGCCACUGAGGAAAAUUGAGCUGCAAUUUAGCUGGCAAACUCUGUAACUGACCUUAAUGGAGUAUUUUACUUUCCAUUGUCAAUGGUGUUUAAAAUAUAAAGUACUAUAUCUUAUCAACAGCUGCUUGUAUUAAUUGAACAUUCAAAUUCAAUAUUAAUUUUUGACUCCUUUUGGCACUUUAUUAAA